AUGUCCACUACAACGAUAGAAGUAGUAGCCGCCAGCUUGCCGGUAGAUGAGCAUCUGGCAAAGUUCCCGCCGUUCAAAGGGCCCAGAAUCGGCGGCAACUUUGAGGUCGACGACAAUGUCCUGGCCGCUCUUCCCGUCCCCGGAACGGAGGUUUUGCAUGCCAACACCUACGGCAAUUCUCUGUGGGGCCGCACGGCGAGGAUCGUCUGCCGCACACCGGACGGCAAGACGGUCUCUUACUUUCACAAGUCCAUCAAACAUGAAAUGAGCUUGCAUAUGAUCGAGGCCGACUUUGAAUCCCAAAAGGCCCUCCACAACGUGAUCCCGACCUUGGCCCCAAAGGUCUUCACAUGGGGGCCGUAUAAGUCGGACCCGACAUGCCACUUCAUGCUGGCCGCGUUUCGGGAGGUGGGACAGCAGCCCCCGGAGCCUGUGAGGUUCACGGCACGCCUGGCCCAGCUCCAUAAGGAAUCCGUCUCGCCGACCGGCAAGUUUGGCUUCCACCUCAAGACGAUGGCCGGCCCGAUCAAGCAGCACAACGACGGGUGGAGCGACUCUUGGGAAGAGAUCUUUGGUAACUUCCUGGGCCACCUUCUCGAUCUUGACGGCGAGAAGAAUAAGGCCUGGCCCGAGUUUGAACACAUCAAGUAUCUCACCAAGGUUCGCGUCAUCCCGAGGCUUCUGCGACCCCUGCAGAGCAACGGCAGGUCCAUCAAGCCCUGCCUGGUGCACGGGGACCUCUGGGACGGCAACUCGGCGACUGACAUGCAGACGGGCGAGCCCUUCAUUUUCGAUCCAAAGUCCUUCUAUGCGCACAACGAAUACGAGACGGGCAACUGGCGGGCGCCUCGCCAUCGCCUCAGCAGCAAGAUCUAUGUCCGCCAGUACCAGCGCAAUUUCCCCGUGUCGGAGCCGGAGGAGGACUGGGAUGCCAGGAAUCUCCUGUACUCGCUGACCUACAACACGAGUGCCGCCAUUCUCUACCCGGCGAUGAAGCAGCGUGAUGCAAGAGAUGGAGUAAGGGACAGCCAUCCCCCUGUUCGAGCCUGCAUCUUCGACAUGGACGGUCUCCUGCUCAACACUGAGGACAUCUACACCCAGUGCGCGGACAAUGUGUUGACCAAAUACGGGCGCCCCAGGCUGCCCUGGUCGGUCAAGGCGAAACUGAUGGGCGUUCCCGGCUCCUCCAACGGCGACGUCUUCCACGAGUGGGCCCAGCUUCCCAUUGGCAGAGAGCAGUUCAAGAAGGAGCAGAACGAACAGCAACAGCUCUUGUUCGCCGAAUCGCUGCCCCUUCACCUCAAAGGGGCGCAGAACGAUAGCCACCAGCCCAUCGAAAUCGCCCUGGCGACGAGCAGCGAGGGCUACAACUAUGACAGAAAAGCCACCAGGCCCGAGACCAAGAAGUUCCUGGACCUGAUUCCAGAAAAUAGACGCAUCUUAGGUGAUGACCCUCGUGUCAAGGACGGCCGUGGGAAACCCGCACCCGACAUGUAUCUCCUAGCGCUCGAGACGAUCAACUCAACGCUGCCAGAGUCAGCGCCAAAGAUCAAGCCAAACGAAUGCCUCGUCUUCGAGGACAGUGUUCCAGGCGUGGAGGCUGGGCGACGGGCGGGCAUGAGGGCUGUCUGGAUUCCCCAUGAAGGCCUUGCUGCAGAGUACAAGGGGAGGGAGAAGGAGGUCCUGGCUGGGAGGACCGGGCUCGUCAAGAUCGGGGAUGAGCAUCAGCUCGGCCAGCUCGACGAUGGCCGGGCUGAGCAGCUCGCCAGCUUAGAGGACUUUCCUUACGCGAAAUACGGCAUCCAGCCACCCGGGCUUGAUCGAUGA